AUGGAGCCCUUGAAUCCAGGGCUAACGUUUGCUUUCACACUACGUCACCUGAUUUCUGGUGUCAAGUACUCAGACAUGCAGUAUUCCUGGCGGGUCGCUGAGAAUACCCUCUCUGUAGUAAUCAGAGACGUGUGUCAUGCUAUAUGUGAAGAAUAUGUUAAUGGGGUGAUGACACCCCUCUCCACACCUGAAGAAUGGAGACAACUGGCUGAUGGUUUCCCCAAGAAUUGGAACUUUUCAAAUUGCGUUGCUGCUAUUGAUGGCACGCACAUAGCUAUCAGAAAGCCUGCCAGCUCUGGUUCCUUAUAUUAUAAGUAUAAGGGAUUACAAAGCAUCAUCUUACUGGCCAUUGUCGACUCGGACUACAAAUUCGUAUGUUGUGAUCUGGGUUACCCACAGCCCUUUCAAAAUGACACCGUCGACAUGCCCUAUUUCUUGGUUGGAGAUGACGCUUUCAUCCUUAACGAUAACAUGCAGAAACCCUAUGGACAUAGAGUCCUGACAAGAGACGAAAGCAUCCUGAACUACCGGUUAGCCAGGGCUAGGAGGGUAUCAGAAAAUGCAUUCGGGAUUUUGGCCAACCGAUUCCAGAUACUUCUCACAAAGAUGAACUACAUCCCAUCCACAAUAAGGCUGAUUGUAAAGACAUGCUGCAUUUUCCACAACUUGAUGAGGAUCAGGUACCCCACCAUGCAAAAUGCACUGGUUGACCAUGAUGAUAGAAGAGGCGAUCUGGUUCCUGGGGAAUGA